CAAAUCGUCCAACUAUAAAUAAAGUAAAUCAAGACCUAAAAGCAAUAGUUUGGUCGCCACCGGAAUCUCCUGUUUUCACACCUGAAACUUUAUCUAAAGUAACAUUGGCUUUGAGUUCCGAAGUAUGGUCAUCGAUAGAGCAAUUAUCAGGAAGUUCGAAUUCAUCAUGUGAAGAUUAUUGUGAAGACUCUGAAAAUUUAGCAUCUUAUCAUGAAAUCCUUUCAAUUUCGAAAAAUACGCCUGAAAUUAUUGUUGAUG